AUGGAAUUGAGAGGAUUUGUUCGUAAAUUUAAACCUCAGGAACCUUUUAAUCCUCUUUUGGAUUCUAAACUUCUUGGACAUCCGGUAUGGGUUGGAGACGUGAAGGUAGAUGAGCCUGAAUGUGAAAUUUGUAACUUGAAAAUGUCAUUUUUAAUGCAGUUGUCAGUUCCAAACACUGAUAGAAACCGUGUAUUAUAUAUUUUCUAUUGCUUAAAUGAUGCUACCAAGGAUGAGGGAUGGAAAUUAUUACGAUAUAGUCUUAAGAAACCAACAGCUGCUGAACCAACAUUCGGCCAAAUGGCUGAUUUGUCAUGGUGUCUUGAUUCAAUUAACUUAAACACCACAGAAACUGAUGGAUUUCGUUUGAUUUUGGAAAAUGAUGUGGUUUAUCAGUUUCCCAACGCUGAUAAAUACUCUGUUUCAGACCAGCAUUUACACUCGAUAGUCUUACUUGAGAAGUUCAAGAACAAGAGUAGAGAUGAAAUAGAUGAUGAGGAUCUUGUAGACUUCGAAACACUUACGGGCGUGAAUCAAAACUCUAACUCAGACAACGAGUCAUCGUCUGAUUAUAGUGAUGAUGAUUACGAAGUUGACGCCAUUAAUCACUUUCAAAACUACUUAUCAUCAAGACCUAAAACUGUGUUAAGAGUAAAUAAAGGUGGAAAACCAAUUAGUUUUCUAGCAGAUUUGAACAUAAAUUUAAGUUCUAAAGUUUGUAAAUUGUGUAAGUCACUGCUUGACUUUGAAGUCCAAAUUCUCCCCGACACAUUUCACUACAUUACGAAUUCUAAAACUAAUAAUUCUAGUAAUAUGAAUGACGUUGGUUCGAGGUUGAGGGAUAUUUCAAUGAGUUUGGGUGGUGUGUUAUUUUAUACAUGUAGUUCGGACUGUAAUACACCAACGAACAUGUCAGAGGAGCAUUCUCACGUUUUGCUGUACAAUUAA